AUGUCGAAAAUCUCAAACCUAAACUAUGCUGCCCUUAAUCUCUCCGGACACAACUAUUUGCAAUGGGGACUUGACACAAAGAUUAACUUGAGGUCAAAGGAACUAUGUGAUACUAUCAUCAAGGGUAACAAUGAGAUUGAUAAGAAUCGAUAUGAUCACCAGAAAACGGUGCUAUUACCAAAGGCUAGACAUGAGUGGAAGAAUCUCAGAUUCAUGGACUAUAAGUCUGUGGAUGAAUACAAUUUAGUAUUGUUUAAGAUAGUCUCAAUGAUGAGAUUAUGUGGUGAGGAAGUAACCGAGAAAGAGUUGCUUGAUAAAACAUUCUCCACGUUCCAUUCGACGAACGUGUUGCUGCAACAGCAGUAUAGAGAAAGGGGCUUCGCCUCAUACACUGAUCUGAUCUUGUGCCUGCUCCUGGCCGAGGCUAAUAAUGAACUCCUGAUGAAAAACAGUGAGAUGAGACCCACCGGAACAUCAGCAUUACCAGAAGCCAAUGAGGCUGAAAAGAAAGAUCCCAAAGAAUGCAACCACGUCCAUGAUAAUAAGAAGUCACACGGCAAAGGCCGUAGUAGAUUCAAGGGACGUGGCCAUGACAGUUAUGGCCGGCAAAGAAACCACAAUAACCGUGGUCGUGGUUCCAGCCGUGGCCGAGGCAAUUAUGGCCGUGGUCGAGAGAGCCUUAAGAACAAGAACCCAGAAGCCCGUAUGGUUCAUGAUACCGGGUAUGAUGCUGAUGAUGAUUCCGACCUUGAAAGGGACGACCUCUUGGAUUUUGAGACUUCUGAUUGUCUCAAAGACUAA